AUGUAUAUAUAUUUCAUCUCCCCCACAGAGCCAAUCCACGGUCCCAGUAAUCUAGAAGUCGUUGACGUCCAAUCAAAACAAGUCACCGUUCGCUGGGAGCCUUUCGGCUACAACGUCACGCGUUGCCAUAGCUACAACCUGACGGUGCAGUACCGGUCCCAAGUGGCGGGGAAGGACGAGACCCGGGAGGAGGUGUGUUACGACACCCUGGGUCGCGACCCCCAGCACACUAUCCACAACCUGACUCCCUACACCAACCUGUCAGUCAAACUGGUCCUCAAGAACCCAGAGGGGGUCAAAGAGAGCCUAGAGAUGGAGCUGCAGACAGAUGAAGAUGUACCCGGAGCGGUUCCUCUGGACUCCAUCCAGGGCAGUGCUUAUGAAGAGAAGAUGAUCCUGAAAUGGAGAGAACCGGCCCAGACCUACGGAAUCAUCACUCAGUACGAGAUCUCCUACAAGACAGUGAGUUCCUUUGACCCAGAGCUGGAUCUGUCCAACCAGAGUGGGAAGGUCCUGAAACACAGCAAUGAGACCAGCCACAUCUUCCUGGGGCUGUACCCAGGAUCCACGUACUCAUUCACCCUCCGAGCCUCUACCAUCAAGGGAUAUGGUCCAUCAGUCAUCACACAGUUCACCACCAAGAUAUCAGCUCCCUCCAUGCCAGCCUAUGACCAGGAGACAUCUCUGAACCAGACAGACAGCACAGUGACUGUCCUGCUGAAACCUGCACAGAGCCGAGGGGCACCUGUCAGGUAG